ACCACCAUGUACUCGCGACUCGACGUACAGACUUCCGCGGCAAAGUCGUUUACAGACUACUCUCGUUGGAGAUUACGCGUCAGCGACAGUGGUCGGCAUACCUGGCACUAUCUCCAAACCGAAGAGGAGGCUGAAAAUUGGCCUCAAAACCUUGUCGAUAAAUUUUGGCUUGGACUUGACCUAGCCUGCCCCACAUUACCGCGCGCCAAAAAUCCUCUUGAAGCUGCCCAAAAUGGCUUCGCGUUCUACAAAAAUCUGCAAUCUCAUGACGGCCACUUUCCUGGAGAGUAUGGGGGUCCUAUGUUUCUGUUGCCUGGCCUCGUCAUUGGUAGCUACAUCUCUGGCAUGGAGUUUACAAUUCAAGAGCGGCUUGAAAUGAUACGAUACCUAAUGAAUCGAGCCCACGCUGUAGAUGGUGGAUGGGGAAUACAUGUCGAGGGCCCUUCUACGGUGUUCGGAACUGGCCUGAACUAUACGGCUUUGCGUAUUCUAGGCGUCGAAGCUGAUCAUCCACUUACUACCCCUGUCUUGUUCCUUACGUGCCAUAGGUGGAGCCACUGCGAUACCAUCAUGGGGGAAAUUCUGGCUCUCGCUGCUCAAUGUUUACGAUUGGGAAGCAUUUUUAUCGCAGGGAAUAAUCCCGUACCACCAGAGCUCUGGCUACUCCCUGAUUGGAUACCAUUCCAUCCUCAUCGAUGGUGGAUUCAUACAAGGACCGUUUACAUCCCAAUGAGCUACCUCUAUGGUGUCCGUUUUACAAUGCCAGAAAAUGAACUCAUCCUCGCAUUGCGUGAGGAACUGUAUCCAGAGAAUUAUUACUCUAUUCACUGGCCAUCUCAGCGUAAUCAUGUCGCAGCCGUCGAUCUAUAUUCCCCUCAUUCGACUCUCCUCGACAUGCUGAACGGUAUUCUGGGGAUGUACGAAUCCUGCGCUCUGCCACCCUUACGCCAAGCAGCGAUAGCUAAAGCUUAUGAGCUCAUCGUCCGCGAAGACGAAAAUACUGGGUACCAGACACUCGGCCCUGUUUCCAAAAUGUUCAACCAAGUAGCCCGUGUUCACGCUGAGGGCGUAGAAAGCGAGGCUUUUCGCAAGCACAGGGAGAAACGUUACGACUUCAUGUGGAUGGGAGCGGAGGGUAUGAUGAUGUGUGGAACAAACGGCAGUCAAUUGUGGGACAUCGGGUUCAUAGCGCAAGCUUUGGUCGAAACAGGACUUGCAGAACUGCCCGAGAACCAAAACAGCCUGCUGAAAGUGUUGGAGUGGCUCGAAGACGCUCAGAUAUUAGACAAUCCCAAGCACUAUGAAAGCUCAUAUCGCCAUGGGACUAAGGGUGCUUGGGGAUUCAGUACCAAGGAGCAAGGAUACGUGGUCAGCGAUUGUACUGGGGAAGGCUUGAAAGCAGUGCUCUACCUUCAGAAGAAUCUGAACUUCACUCCUCAACUUGUCUCCGACCGCAGAAUAUAUGACGCGGUCGAUCUUUUACUCACGCUCCAAAACUCUGGCGGAGGAUUUGCUAGUUAUGAGCCAAUAAGGGGACCACGAUGGUUAGAGCUCUUGAAUCCAGCUGAGGUGUUCGGUGAUAUUAUGAUUGAGUACAACUACCCCGAGUGCACCACUUCGGUCAUAACUUCUCUGUCUAUCUUCCGCCAACACUAUCCCGACUACCGUGUUGCUGACAUCGAGUAUGUCACCCCACAAGACCCAAAACCUCCACUAACCUCUCCAUAUAAUAGGCGCACUAUCAGAAACGCCAUCAAAUAUCUGCAUGGAUGUCAGCAACCAGAGGGCGGAUGGGUCGGUUCGUGGGGCAUAUGUUUCACAUACGCUAUGCAAUUCGCGCUUGAAUCUCUCGCCCUUGUUGGCGAGACUUACGGCACAAGCGAAGCCAGCAGGAGAGCUUGUGACUUUUUAAUCAGAAAACAACGCGAGGAUGGGGGCUGGGGGGAGAGUUACAAGAGUUGCGAAAUCAGUCAAUGGGUUGAGCACGAAAAUACCCAAGUCGUGCAAACUUGUUGGGCAGCGAUGGCAUUGAUGUAUGCCAAAUACCCUUACCCACAACCUUUGGAGCGAGCAGUCGCACUUGUAAUGGCUCGUCAGCUACCUGAUGGAUCCUGGGCGCAGGAGGCAAUCGAAGGAAUAUUCAACAAGACGUGCGCGAUCGCAUAUCCCAACUUCAAAUUUUCCUUUCCUAUUUGGAUGCUAGGCAAGGCUCACAAGUAUCUCGAGGAGUUGAAAAGGACACACAGUAGAGGUCACCUGACCGCGUAA